AUGGGCGGUCCCCGCGCUGGGCUUGGCGCGGGGGGAGAGGGGAGUGUGGAUUACCGCAAGGAGCGGUGGGCGGAUAGCGGUACGCGGAGUUUCGACCAGCGCCGCGAGACCAAGUGGGGUUCGCGCUGGGGCAGCGCGGAGGAGAAGGACAAAGAGAAGGACAAAAGCGUUGUUCACAGCGAGAGCUGGGGGGAGAAAAGCGGGCAUGUCGGAGGCGGGUUGCGCGAGCGCGGAACGCCGGAGUCCGCGCAGGGCGGGGGGAGUGCGCGCUGGACACUGCCGGGGGAGAAGGAAUCGGACAAACCUAGGGAAUACGAGAGAAGCCGCCCCGCUAUCGGCGCUCGAGACAGCGACAGGGGGAAAGAAGCUGACAAAGAUGGCGGAGGGGCUGUCGGGGCUGGGGCGGGCGGCGCGGCGGGUCCCGGGGGCGGUAGCUCCGGGGGAGCAGGAAGCGGAAGCUGGACUAGAGACACUACCGCGGGGAGGUCAGAGACGGGGGGAAAGUGGCGCCCGCAGUCGAUCGCGGGACGGGGGCGCGGAGAGGCUCCGCCAACGGGCACCGCUACAUCCUCCGCCGCCCCCUUUUCCAAGUUCCAGCCAGGGUUUGGGUUCGCGGGUCGCGGGCGCGGAACCCCCGACGGCGCAGGUGCAGGCGGAGGCUCUUCCGCGCUUGUUGCUGGCGGAGGGGGCGGAGGCUUUGCGCGGGGACGCGGAUUUGGCGGGGGCGCAGGGGGGAGCUGGGAUGUCCCGGGGCAGGGCUCCAGGGCGCAGCAUAUCGGCGCUCCUCCGCUAGAGUCUGGCGGAGCGGGCGCUCCGCCAUCCGCGGAGACGUUCAGGUACCCGCGCGCGCGGCUGCUGGAGAUCUACCAGGCGCACAAGCGCGCGCCGGAGUUCAGCGCGGCGAUCCCGGGGGAGUGGUCUGAGGCGCCCGCGCUUCUGGGGUCAGAGCCGCUGGUGCCCAUGGCGCUGGUGGAAGCGAGCGCGGAGGAAGAGGUGAGCGGAAGGGGGGCGUGCGGGGGUAGCUGCCGUUUGGGUGCGGCGCUUGCGCUUCUGGGGUCGGAGUCGCUGGUGCCCAUGGCGCUGGUGGAAGCGAGCGCGGAGGAAGAGGUGAGCGGAUGCGGCAGACUGGCUGUAAUGGCGGCGAUUGAGAGCGGGGAGAUCGUGAACAGUGGCUUGGUGCAUACGUCCAGGGACAAGGACGCCUCAACGCGAGACAAGGAGCGGGACAGGGAGGGGCGGGACGCCAAUAAUCAAGCUGCAGCACAAGAGGCCGACAAGCGCACUCCCGCGCACGCCUCAGGCACAGCAGCAACCACCCACCCAACCGACCACCCCACCCAACCCUCACCAGCUUCACCUCCCCCAGGCUCCACCUCCCUCUCUCCCUCCCAAGCCAAACCCGCCGCCCCCUCCAUCCCACCUGAAAAGCUCCUGCUACAGUACCGCGACCCUCAGGGGGAAGUUCAGGGGCCGUUCCCAGGAGAGGACAUCAUGGGGUGUGGUGCAAUGGCGGGUGCUGCAGGGGUCAUUUUGGGGGCUAUUCACGCUGGCAGAGGCGUGGACGAGCCAGGCGCCCUUUACCAAGCCUCCUGGCCAGCUCCGGGCGCCGAGGAGCUUCGGGCCGAGCCGGGGGUGCAUGGGGCGGGAGCGGGUGUGGCUGGUGCAGUGGGCGCUGGAGCGGCAUCAAGGUCGUUUUCCAGUCUUGAUGCGCUGGCUCAGGACGCUCCGUUAGAGCAGCUGCUGCAGCACCCGCCUAUAACGGAUCUGCUUAUGCGCGUACAGCAGGAGGUGGUCCAGCAGAGGGAGCAGCGGGAGGCGCAGCUGAGGGAGGCGCAACUGAGGGAGGCGCAGAUGCGAGAAGCGCAGUUGAGGGAGGUGCAACUGAGGGAGGUUCAGAUGCGGCUGCAGCAGUCUCUGGCUCUGGAUACAGGUGCUUCCGGGGGGGGUUUACCUGGGGGAGGGUUGCCUGGGGGAGUGGGAGUGGCAGGUGCGGGUGGGUUACCUCACGUGUUGGCGAAAGAGGGCGGGUUACCAGAGGUUGUAACGGAGGAAAUGGCGUUACAGAUGCACCUGUCGUCUCUGCUUAUGGCAGGAAGGCCAGUGGACGCGCAGGGAACGCAGCAGAUACAGCAGCAGUUGCAGCAGGCGCGGUUCUUGCAGGGGCCCAUUCCCGGAGCAACAGGAGCAGCAGCAGCAGCAGCAGCAGCAGCAGCAGCAGCAGCAGCAGCAGCAGCAGCAGCAGCAGCAGCAGCAAAAGAGGAAGGGGAAGGGGAGGGACAGGCGCCGACGGGAUUGGCAGAUCAGGGCGAGGGGGCAGGGAAGGGAGAUGAGGUGGCGGCUGCUGGGGAUGCAGAUCCGGAGGAAGGGCAGGGAGAGGCGUUGGAAGCUGGUGCUAAAGGGAAGAAGGAGGAGGCUGUUAACGAGGAUAAGACAGUUGACCCUCUCUUUUGCUAUUGCUUGUUCUCUGUGGACUGCAGUAAGGAGGUACCAGCAGCAGCAGCAGCAGCAGCAGCAGCAGUGGAGACCAAGUCCAAGGGGUCCAAGAAGAAGGGUGCCAAGUCAACCCAGUCAGCAGCAGGCGCAGCGGCGUCGGCUCAAGUGCCCCCUGCAGAGCUCCGGGCAGCUCAGGAAUUCCGGCAAUGGUGCGAGGCCAACAUCCUCAAGCUCACGGGCAGCCCUGACCUCACGCUCAUAGACUUCUGCAUGUCGCUCCCCAAGGCAGCGGACGACCAGGUGCGCCAGUACCUCUUCCAGUACCUCGGCUCUGCUCCCCCCGUUCAUACCCCCUUCCCCACUCCCCUGUCUCCCCUCCCCUCCGUUCUCUCCCUUGCCCCCUCCCACGCAGACCUCACUCUUAUUGACUUCUGCAUGUCGCUUCCCAAGGCAGCGGACGACCAGGUGCGGUAG